AUGGAGACCACAACCAUCUCAACCUCUGCCAUCCCUCAGCCGGGAAGCAAAUUCCGUCUGGCUGGCCUGCAAAGCUCCAAAGUCCUCGUCGCCAAAUCCGACGACCGUCUGGUCGACUAUCCUCAAGGCCAGAUCUACGCGGACCAAUGGUUCUACCUCGAGCCCGCCCCAACACCCGGCACCUACUACAUCCGCAGCUCAGCCAGCCAAAAGGUCAUCUAUUCCAAGCGUGGCGCUAUCGGCAUGUACGAGAAGAGCUAUUACGAGGACCAGUAUUUUGUCUUUGAGCCUGGCAGCGGGCAGUUUCAGGGGUAUUUUCGCCUGCGUAAUAACUACUCGCGGACGGUCAUCUAUGAUAAUGGGCAGCGUGGGGUGGGAAACUUCGAUGCGGAUGGGGAAAAGUAUUCUGAUCAGUACUUUUCAUUUUUGGAGUAUCAGUCCUGA